UUACAUUUGAUGAUCUUCAUCAGAAUGCACUCCCAGGAAUCCCAGUUCCACAAUAAUUGUUAGUUUUGUUCGAUAAAGUCCAUUUAUGUCCAACUACCUUCUUUUUGUUCCCGCAUUUAGUACAGUAAUCCAAAUGUGCAGGCACUAGGUCCAGACAAAGUCAAAAAAAAGUUAUAUUACAGUUCGUAGAAACAUGUCAAACGAUGUAUAUAAUCAAUCUUUAGGAAGUUUUUAUCAUAAAACUUCAAUAAUGUUUCAACCGGAGAAUUCCUUUGUCUUUAGAAAUGAAAGGGAAUGGAGCUAACUCUCACGGUCACGCGCCUGACCUGGCCUUCUGGCAGACCCAUGACUCAAUCAGCUCUCAUUCUCUCCCACUUCACAGUAGAAGCCUGAAACAAGGUUCUAAAGACUGUUGACAUCUAGUGGAAGCCUUAGGAUGUGCAAUAUGACCCCAUAGACACUGUAUAUUGAAUAGGCUAAGACUUGAAAACCUACAAACCUCAGAUUUCCCACUUCCCGGUUUGAUUUUGUCUCAGGUUUUUGCCUGCCAUAUGAGUUCUGUUAUGCUCACAGACAUCAUUCAAACAGUUUUAGAAACUUCAGAGUGUUUUCUAUCCUAAUCUACUAAUAAUAUGCAUAUCCUAGCAUCUGGGUUUGAGUAACAGGCAGUUUACUCUGGGCAUGCUUUACAUCCGGACGUGAAAAUACUGCCCCCUACCCCAAAUAAGUUAAGUACCAAAGGGCCCUUCAAACUCUUUGGAUUACAGAAAUAUUGUUUCAUUAUUCAACCUUUUGAUGUUACUGUAAUGCAACAUCUCUCUCGUGAGUAACAAAGGGAUUUAAGUUCUAUUUCUGAAAGAGUGGGAGAGAGAGUUUUCUUUCAGGUAUUUACGACAGUCAUAAAACUGUGGUGGGAGAGGGGGGGGGGGAUCUGGUGCAUUUGAUCCUCACCCAAAAGGGCAAGUCAUGACCUCAUGCCGGUUAUGUGUGCCUUGAAUUCUAAAUAAAUCCGUGACAGUGUCACCAGCAAAGCACCAUCACACCACCUCCUCCAUGCUUCAUGGUGGGAACCACACAUGCGGAGAUCCCCUACUCUGCGUCUCACAAAGACUUGUCGAUUGGAACCAAAAAUCUCAAAGUUGGACUCAUCAGGCCAAAGGACAGAUUUCCACUGGUCUAAUGCCCAUUGCUCGUAUUUCUUGGCCCAAGCAAGUUUCUUCUUCUUAUUGGUGUCCUUUAGUAGUGGUUUCUUUGCAGCAAUUCGACCAUGAAGGCCUGAUUCACGCAGUCUCCUCUGAACAGUUGAUUUUGGAAUGCCUGUUACUUGUGUAGGCUUUAUUUGGGCUGCAAUUUCUGAUGCUGGUAACUCUAGUGAACUUCUCCUCUGCAGCAGAGGUAACUCUGGGUCUUCCUUUCUUGUGGCGGUCCUCAUGAGAGCCAGUUUCAUCAUAGCGCAUGAUGGAUUUUGUGAAUGCACAAAGUUCUUGAAAUGUUAUGUAUUGACUAACAUUCCUGUCUUAAAGUAAUGAUGGACUGCCGUUUCUCUGCUUAUUUGAGCUGUUCUUUCCAUAUUAUGGACUUGGUCUUUUAACAAAUAGGGCUAUCUGCUGUAUACCACCCCUACCUUGUCACAACUGCUUGUCUCAAACGCAUUAAGAAGGAAAGAAAUUCCACAAAUUAACUUAUUAACAAGGCACAGCUGUUAAUUGAAAUGCAUUCCAGGUGACUAUCUCAGGAAUAUGGUUGAGAGAAUGCAGGAGUGUGCAAUGCUGUCAUCAAGGCAAAGGGUGGCUAAUUUGAAGAAUCUCAAAUAUAGAAUAUAUUUUCAUUUGUUUAACACUUUUUUGAUUACUACAUGAUUCCAUAUGUGUUAUUUCAUAGUUUUGAUGUCUUCACUAUUAUUCUACAAUGUAGAAAAUAGUCAAAAGAAAGAAACAACCCUGGAAUAAGUAGGUGUGUCUAAACCUUUGACUGGUACUGUAUGAACAUUUGAUAUUUCCUUUUUAUCGUAUUCAUAAAUUUGCUCAAAUUUCAAAUAACCUUUUUUUGCUUUGUCCUUAUGGGGCAUUGUGUGUAGAUUGAUGAAGGGGGAAAAACGAUUUAAUAUAUUUUAGAAUAAGGCUGUAAUGUAACAAAAUGUGUGGGGAAAAAAGUCAAGUCUCAACUCUUACCGAAUGCACUUGUACAUGUGCUUAUUCAGCGUAGUAUAGACUAAGUUAUGACCUGAUAUAGGUUAGUAAGAUGGUAUGCGUCUGAUGUAGGUUAUGUUCUUCUGAUGUAAUAAUAUGUUGUCAUUCUCCUGUCUCCUACAGAAGACGAGUCUGUGGGAUUCAUUUUAGAAUUAAGGCUGUAAUGUAACAAAAUGUGGAAAAAUUCAAGAGGUCUGAAAACUUUCAGAUUGCACUAUAUGUAGGCUGGUGUAGGUAUGUAGGGUCAUUUAGAGGGUCAGAGAGGGAGCUUUAGAUCUCUCCCUUUUAAUUAUGUAUCUCAAAGCCAAUCUGAAACAUUGGAUGGUGGAGGUGCUGUGGUUAGUUAGAGAAAUGGGCUUAAGGGGGAAUAAAACUGCCAGUCGAAUGCAGAAUCCCACUGUAAUUCACGUAAAGUAGAAACAUAUGGUAGAUGCUUUUAUCCAAAGUGACUGAUGCCUUGUAACAACAAAGACAUUUGAUAUGUGUGGCCCAUGUGGGAAACAAGUCCACAACUGAUAUUGAAAGCGCAAUGCUCCAAUCUAUUGAGCUAUCAGCACCGCACCAACUAAUCACUUCCUUUACAGGAUGUAAAACUCCAAUCUGCAUUGAGCUGAGAUAGUUGACAAUUGUACAUAAAUCUACUGUAUGUGUUGUGUAAAUACAAGGUACAGAGUUGUAGAGCUUUGUGUGUGAAAUUGUGAGUUAUAACUCUUGAUGUUAUUAGUCUCUCCUGUUACUUUUCCAGACUCUUCCAGACACACUGUCCAGAGGAGCAUGAUGACUACUUUCCCCAAUGAGACAGAGGAGACAGGCUUCUCCUCCCUCUCUCCUUCAUACCCCCCCUCCCCCUCCCUAACACCGUCCAUCUUCCUCACCUCAAACCCUUCCUCUUCCUUUGCCUUCUCCCUCUCCACCUCCUCCUCCUCUCUGUCCAACUGUUCCAGCUCUCCAUCGCCUUCCUCCCCUCCCUAUAACUUCUACGCUGUGCUGCUGGUGCUGCUUAUCUUCUGCGUGGUGUUUGGAAACAUGCUAGUUUGUGUGGCGGUUUCGCGAGAGCGCGCCCUCCAGACCACCACCAACUACCUCAUCGUCUCCCUGGCUGUGUCCGACCUGCUGCUGGCCACUCUGGUCAUGCCCUGGGGCGUCUACCUGGAGGUGGUAGGGGAGUGGCGCUUCAGUCUCAUCCACUGUGACAUCCUCCUGACCCUGGACGUCAUGAUGUGUACUGCCAGCAUCCUCAACCUCUGUGCCAUCAGCAUCGACAGGUACACGGCGGUGGCGAUGCCCAUGCUGUAUAACACCAGAUACAGCUCCAGGAGGAGGGUGGCUCUGAUGAUUGCUGCCGUGUGGUUCCUCUCCUUCGCCAUCUCCUGCCCUCUGCUGUUUGGACUCAACAACACAGCCAGUCGGGAGGAGACCAAGUGUGCCUUCGCUGAUCCGUCCUUCGUGGUCUACUCAUCCGUGGCCUCCUUCUACGUUCCGUUCAUUGUGACCCUGCUGGUGUACGCCCAAAUCUGUGUGGUGCUGCGGAGGCGGGGCCGACGCACUGUGCCCCGUAGACACGGCCUGCACCCACAGGGAGGAGGCAAGACGGGGGAGGGCCACAGGCACAGGAAGAACAAGUGUACUCACCCUGAGGAUGUGAAGCUGUGCACUCUGAUCAUGAGGCCCCCCACCAGCGCCCCCCAACGCAAGAAAGUGACGUUAGUGAAGGAGGCGGUGGUGCACCCCCUGGAUGAGGAACCUGUGGGGCGUGGUUUCCUGUCCCAGUUAGACCAGAGCCUCCCCCCACCUCACCACCCUCCCGCCUCCGGACGAGCCACCAAGGUCUCUCUUUCGAUCUCGGUGGCGCCCGCGCCCUUCCUGGCCCUUUCCCCUUCGGUGGCACCACGCUCCGCCCUCGUACCCCGCCGUGCCACCUUCGAGGACGGCGUAAGUGGCCGCGAGCGAUGGAGGGAGCGAAAUGCAGACAGGGAGAAGGGAGCGAAGGAGAGGGUGAAAGGGACUCUGUCGCAGCAGAAGGAGAGGAAGGCGACCCAGAUGCUGGCUAUCGUGCUAGGUGUGUUCAUCAUCUGCUGGCUACCCUUCUUCCUGACCCAUGUGCUGAAGGCCCACUGUGCCAGCUGCUGUAUCUCCCCCUCCCUGUACAGUGCUGUCACCUGGCUGGGCUACCUCAACAGUGCCGUCAACCCCGUCAUCUACACCACCUUCAACAUCGAGUUCCGUAAGGCCUUCAUCAAGAUCCUAAACUGCUGAGUACAGGGAAGAAGAAGAGGAGGGGGGAGAGUGGGAGGAAGGACAAGUGUGAAAAGUGUUUGAGUAGUGGAGAGAGUCAAAAGAAAGGUCAUAGACUAGAAAUGAAACUAAAGAAGUGAAAGAGAGGGGUGGAAAAGACAAGAAGGGAAUGGAAGGAGAGAUAGAGGGGAAUGUAGAGAGGCAACAGAGAAGAUAAAAAAAGAUAAUUUAUGAGGUCAAACAGAAGAGCAAGUGAAUCAAAUUUACAGAAAUACCAAAUCAAAAACAGCCCUGGGAAUUAUAAAGAGAUGUACACUUCUGUAAAUAUAAAACAUAACCGGGUGGAGAGAGAUAUUCGGAAGGUUCUAUGGGAAGAGAUGGGAGUCUCAUGGGGUAGGGCACAAACAGUGGCAAAAUACAGACUACAGUGGCAGAAGACUGUCCCACUACGUACGAGGAUGACUAAGUAAAUGUAUUGCUCUCUGAUUCCUACUCUCACAUAUAAUGUCAAAGCGUCUGCAGACAUUGUCCUGUUUUUACUCUGAUACAGUUAUUUACAGUUUGUAAAUGACGUUAAUUAAAUUACAGAGGUAGUCUUUUAAGGAGAUACACAUUCAAUCUGCACCAUCAAGCGCAAUUUUUCUCCAAUAGCCGUCUUGUUGUGCCGUCCCAGUGUAAACAAGCCUAUAAGAGAUGUAUUAUAUUAAGAACAUGAUGAUGUUGGUGAAGAUAUGAUGCCAUGGUGAUAUGAUGAGCGACUAAUCAAGGUUUGUUCAUAAAGUAUAUGUAUAUAUUGUUGUUUAGAGUUUGUUAAUGUGAGCUCUGCUGUAAAUAUCUGUAUUACUGUUAUUGUACAGAUACAUGUAAUAAAUUAUAUAUUCUA